AUGUAUUUGGACUUUCAGUUAGCGCGGUGACGGCAGCUGAGUCGUUCGAUGGCAUUUGGCACGUGAAACUUACGUUAAAAUAAAACGUUACAGUUUACUUUUAUAAAAUUAUUUUUAAAUAAUAAAAUAAAAUUGUACUAGUGUCGUAGAUAUAAAAAAAAAAAUCGUCAUUUUCCCUUGUUUAUGUAGAUGGCCUAAUUCAAGUGCUGAAAAUAAAGAAGUCGAUUAUUUUGAAUUAAUAUUCUUAAUUGGAUAACAAUCAACUACAGUAUGGAUUACAUAAGAGAAUUUGACAUAAGAUUAGACAAAGAAAUGUUUUACGCAGGAGAAAUUUUAGAAGGCCACGUGGUUCUAGACACAAUUGAGAACUUCAAAUUGAAAACUGUUAGAAUUGUCCUCAGGGGCAAAGCCCACGCGGAAUGGCAAGUUUUGGUCAGCGGUGAUCGUUCAGCUAUUAAAGACGAUCAAUACUUCAUCGACAAUCGAUCGUUAAUCUUCGGAAAAGUAGACCGGCAAGACGGUCCCGCUCCAAUCCUGCCGCGCGGAAUUCAUCACUUCCCGUUCAAGUUUCAACUUCCUCAAAGCUCACUGCCGUGUUCAUUCGAAAGCAAACCCGGAUACGUCAGAUACUAUAUCAAGGUCACCCUCGAUAUACCGUACGCGUCGCCUCCGCAAGGCAUGAAGUACUUCACCAUCAUAGGACCACACAUUGACUGCAUGGACGAUCAAUAUCUGAAACCAAUAGGUGCGCUGGAAAAACGGACUAAAUGCUGUUUAUGCUGCAAAAGCAAUAAAGUAGUAUUGCAGUGCUUACUAGAAAGGUCGGCAUACGUGUGCGGCGAGGCGCUGAGACUUAAAGCCAACAUAAAAAACCAAAACGAAAAGGACAUCAGACUUAAAGUCAGAUUACUGCAAAACGUACAUUAUUCGGUAGAACGCGGCAUGCUAGGCGUCCAAAAUCAAAAAGAUGUCCAACACUCGGUGUUGGAGUACAUCGGCGAACCGAUACGCACUGGGUGCGAAUCGCAAUGGGAUUCCGCCGACGGCCUAGUCCUGCCAGUGAUGCCACCUACAUUGAUCGGCAACUGCAGGCUGUUGCAAAUAUACUACCUACUAAAGGUCUGCGUGGAUUUGGGAAAGGGAGACGAAGACCUGAACAUAACGUUCCCGAUAACAAUAGCCACCGUGCCAUUCAGAAUACCAAACUGUAACAAGACUCCUCAAAUAUUUUACAGUGUCGCGUGCGAUCACGUGGAAGGCGGUAGGUAUAUUGGUCCGGAGUUUUUGCUAGGCGGUCAUGUUUACGACGGGUCGCAGACCGAACAAAUCGUCCUGUACCGGCCGGUGUACGUGAGCGUACGUCAUCCGAACUGCAACUCUACGUCGGUGGUGGCGACGGCGACAACGACAGCGACGACGACGACCGCGUGAACGAAUGCAAAUUCGACGGCGGCACAUCUACGAUUUAUUUUAUUGUAGUUUAUUAUUUCUCCGGCUGAUAGUAAAAGACGAUAGAACCAUCGUGUGUGUGUUACGGGAAGGAAAGAGGAAAUGCAAUUGAAUUAUUACGAUUUGCCAUCAUCUAGCUAUUAUUAUUCUUUUAUAAUUCUGUAUCCAAAAAAAAUUCAAAUAUUAAAUUAUGUUUGCUAAAAUUUUUUAUAAAAAAAAAACAGAAAAAAUAUACCUAAAACUAAGUUAUCUACCCUUCAAUACGGCCAGUACUGUAAGACAGGCACGUAGCCAGGGGGUGUUAUAGGUGUUACAAGUUUACAACACAACCCCUCAGCCGUGGUAUACGGUAUAGGUACUCAUAGAUUUAAAUUUUAUUUUUAUUCAUAGUAAUAAUAUUUAAAUUUUUCUCAUAAACCACUACCUAUUCACUUGUAAAGCGUUUGUACAAUAAAGUAUACGUAAAGUUAUUAA